AACAAAAAAUGUAUAAUUAUCGAAGUUCAAUCAGGCAUAGGUUGCACAAACAGCACGAUGAAUGUGAAGCUUGUUUUUGUUCUUCUUCUGAUUGCAAUCAUUGCAAUUGAUUCGGGUGAUUCUUGGAGACGGAGACGAAGACGGAGAAGAAGGUAUCGUCCUGUUCAAGUGAUAAAAAGAGUGGCAACAAGAGUGAAGAGAGUCGCUUAUAGAGUCGGACAAAAGGCAGUAGGAGCUGUCAAAAAAAUCGUUGGAGAGAAAGUUUGGAAGUUUGGGCAGAAAGUAAUAAGUAACUGGAGUGACAUCAAAAAGUUGAUUGACUGCUUCAAAACUGUGAAAAAAUUGCUGACGACAUUCGGAGUAUUGGGAGACAACCCUCUAGAGCAGUUAAAGACUUUGCGUGAUACGGAUCCCCACGCAUACAAUGACAUCAUGAAUGAGGUGGAAAAUGUCGUUCAAGAAGAAUAUGGAGAGGAAGCUGACGAAAUGAUGCGUGGAUUUGAUACAGUCAUGGAACUAGAAAUGGAUGACUUGCUCGAUCUGUCGAGCGAAUUGGAUCGAAUGGAAAAUGAUGAAAUCCUCGACGACGACAACAGCGUUGAUAUGUUUUUAGAAAAUUAACAGCACAUGCAUCAACAAAGUGACCGAGUAUCGGAACAAAAGAAUCACUGUUUUGAAUGAAGAUUUUUUUUCCACAUUUUUUAUAGUUUGGAAUAAAUUCAGAAGCAUAUAAAAA